AACUACCAUAGCCUCUGACGUAAGAUCGUCGGCAUUCCUUUGCGCCGCCCUGUGUUCCACGACUCACGGGGGAGGUUAAGAUGUAAGAUGAAACCUGAGACCAACGGUCGUACCUAGUUAUUUUCAACUCAGACAUCGAAAACAUCCGACAGAAUAAGUUACUUUGACCUAAUAGUGCUCUCUGCCUUUCAAAAUACUAGGUAGCUCGGUACAAUAGUCCGAAGCUGGGUUGUAUUGCUAACAUAGUGAGCUAGCAAGUUAGCCUCGUCUAGCUUUGGAACCCAGCUUUGUGUUUGCCCUUCUUCAUCGCUCUAUGUAAAUUAUACUAGAAUGGGACACCUUUUAGCAAAGUUGAUGACUGUUUUCGGAGAUAAAGAACACAAAGUUAUCAUUGUGGGUUUGGACAAUGCUGGGAAGACCACUAUCCUUUACCAGUUCUUGACUAAGGAGGCGGUUCACACAUCCCCCACCAUUGGCAGCAAUGUAGAGGAGAUUUCUGUACGUAAAACCCGCUUCUUAGUGUGGGACAUCGGGGGCCAGGAAAGCCUAAGAGAAAGUUGGAACUCCUACUACUGCAACACAGAGAUUGUCAUCUUGGUUAUUGACAGUACAGACCGUGAACGCCUCACUCUAAACAAAGAAGAACUGCACCGCAUGCUCGCUCAUGAGGAUCUGCAGAAUGCAGCCAUUCUAGUUCUGGCCAACAAGCAAGACAUGCAGGAUUCAAUGACGGUGGCAGAGAUCUCCCAGUGCCUCACCCUCAGCUCCAUAACGGCUCAUUCCUGGCACGUCCAGGCCUGCUGUGCCCUCACUGGAGAGGGUCUACCUGCCAGUCUGGACUGGAUGAGGUCACGUGUACUAGCCAGCUAGUGCUCCUUCCAUAGUGUCUUCUACGAUACCUGUGUGGAUCCAUGACAGCUAUGCCUGCUCCAACCUACACUCUGAGACAUUAGGAGCCACAGUGCCCAGAGCAGGACCAGGACCUCCACUGUCUUUAGUGCAGCUGACACUCUGAGCCCCAGGAUAGGGCCCUAUGUCACUCUAACGCCUUACCCAGCUACAGGAGUGUGAUCGGGGUCCAAGUCCAAGUGAAGGAGGCCUGGAUGGACCUUUCAGGACCUUUUGUUAUGGCGUAGGUGUGUUUGUGUGUGUGAGAGAGAGAGAAAAUGAAAGUGUAAGAGGGGCUGUUUUAGAUUUAUAUUCAAGUUUACAUGUGAAGCCUGAUACCUGGAAAUAUGUGAAUGGCUCGUGUGGAUAUCAACACAUGUUUUUGCCUCACCUUUGUGAAAUAGAAGGUCUCAACGUAUGUAUAUAAUCUGAUUAUAUUAGAUUCAUGUUUCCUGGUAACAUUGUGUCUCCACAUAUGAACCAUUUGACAGCCAUGUCAGAGGAAAUGCUGAUCUGACCGGUGCUCAGCCUUCUAAGCUAUUAAUGCACACAUUACUUGAAGUAUUUAUAGUCAAAGAGAAAGGGUAAUUUCUGAUUCCCAAAAGAAGCAUUAUGGUAUUAAAAUAAGAAAAGACAAUGUAUCUUUUCAAGUGUUAUAUAAUUGAAAAAGCUGUCUCGAUCUGUAUUUUUUUUACAAUUAUGUAUUUUAUUGUGUACAAAAUUUUAGAUUAAAUAAAUACUUCCAUGGGCAAGUCAACGUA